GGGGCGGGGCGAGGCGGCGAUGGCGGCGGUAGGAGGGGAGGAUGGCGGUGGUGGCGGUGCGGGCCUGGCUUUGGCCUUGGUUGAAGGCGGCGCCGGGCGGGCCGCCCGCAUCGGGGACCCGGGGGAUUUGGUGGCGCUGGCCCAGCAGGUGCAGCAGGCAGAUGAGUUUGUUCGAGCCAACGCCUGCAACAAGCUGACUGUCAUUGCUGAGCAGAUCCGGUGCUUGCAGGAACAGGCUCGGAAGGUCCUGGAAGAUGCUAACAGGGAUGCUGACCUGCACCACGUGGCCUGCAACUUAGUGAAGAAGCCCGGAAAUGUUUACUACUUGUAUAGGAGGGAGAGUGGCCAAAAGUACUUCUCCAUGCUGUCUCCUAAGGAGUGGGGGACCAGCCCCCAUGAGUUUCUUGGUGCCUAUAAGCUCCAGCAUGACUUGUCCUGGACGCCUUUUGAGGACAUUGAGCGACGAGAUGCUGAAAUGAACGUCUUAGACAAGCUGCUGAGCCGGCAGGCAGCGCUCCCCCCGUGUACAGAGCCCAACUUCCAGGGCCUCACCAAGUGAUGCGAAGUGUUGUGGCCAUACAGGACCUCUGAACUGAGCCAAUGCCUGAGGACAGGCAGUGCCUGAGCGUUGCCAAAGGCAGGGCAAGGAAAGAGACCAAGGAAUGAUAAUGCUGAUGCUGCCAGUACUUGCUCUUUGCUUUAAUAAGACUAAUUCUGAAUUCAGCCUUUCUGGAUUUUCUAGUAAUCAAGUAACUCAUUUCUUUGUCUUAUGCCAAGCUGUAACAAGAGGCAGAUGAUAUCAGGUGGAGUAAUUUCAAAAGGACUUGGGGCAAAAAGCAAAUAUGCUUGAGGCAGAUUGAUAGUGCUAUAAAAUAUGUCCUACCCAUCUGGCUCUGGCAUACCCCAGUGGGACUGUGUGUGGCAGGUAGUGAUUUCAGGUCUGGAUUUUGGCCCUCAUUAUAACACACACGUUUAGGAAGCCCCGUGGCAUGGGAAGAGUGGUCAGAAUCACAUGCAAAGAGGUCUGUUGUUCCUUGUUCCCUUUCUAGUGUGGAUUUGUUCAUCUUAAACCAAGUAGUGCUCCUCCUGGCUCUUGCUCUGCAGCAGAGGGGGUUUUGGUGCCCAGCUUGAGACCUGAAGAUGGGGAUGCUGCAGCUCUGGGUUCUCUCAGAUCACCUUCAGCUCACCUGCAUCUUGUCUGCACCCGGCUUCUCCUGCUGCAGUGCUGCCAUCAGCCCAGCCCCAUCCUACUGUGCUUCUAUCUGGCUGGUGGAAAUCUUCUCAGAGGCAGCAUAGGAUUUUUGAAGAAGCUUUUCCCAGAGCACCCUCCCUCCCUCACUUAGAGCACUGCAAAUUAAAAGCAAUGAAAGCAGUGUGUUGUUAUUAUUAGACCAGGGUAUAAUUAAUUCCUUAUCAAGUCACAAGUGCCUAAUUUGGUAGUUGGUUUUUUUUUUUUUUUUUUUUGCAUGUUUUAUCACCCCAGGUCUUAUUUAACUGCAUGUUAUUAAAUCUUAACUUGGAAGGGAGAAAGUUAAUUACUGCAUGGGCUUUGCCAUAGUGCUAAUUACAGCAACAUCAGAGACCUUCGUCUGUGAUUUAUGCUCCUCUGGGAAGAAGGUAUUCCUGCCCCAGUUUUAUCUGUUUCCCAUCAUUGAGAACUGUAAGCUGAUGUACAGACACAAGGGGACUAGGAUGAUGUCUGCUGCCUCUGUCCUUUGCAGCUUAUGAUUUCUUACGUUGGACUUUGACAGGAUUUCACUUCUCCAGCAAAGCCUUCUGACCCUCUGUGCCCUGUAGCUCUCUGCUGCCCUGCUGCAGUUCCUUUGGGUGCCAGCGCUUGCAGCUUGAAUGACAGCUGUGUGUCACGGAGGGCUGGUGCUCUGUGCCAGCAUGUUUCUGCUGGGUAGAGGGAUCCUCUGUUCAGUGAACAGAAAUGCCUCUUCUAGCCUCCUGCCACCCUGCUCUUUAGAGGCUUGCUGUAACCUACUUCUCCAUCCUAACCAUGUGCUGCCCAUCUUGCAGAGUCCUCUCUGUCCAUUCUGCAUCCCCAACAAGCAAUGGGCUUGCAGCAAGUGCGGCAUAUCCAGCAUUGCAUUGUGGUGCUUUCUGUGCUGCAGGCAGGGAGAUAAGGCAGAGGCUCCACUGCAGAGCUGAGUGACCCAUCCUGUGUAAAAUAGGCAGGGAUGGAGCUGGUGACAGAAAGGUGAAAGGUGCUGAACAGCAGCCUCCUGCAGCACUUACAGCUGAGAAUGCAAUUCUGCUCCAGCAUCACGUCUCUGUAAUGUAUUUAUUGCAAGAGAACAGAGGAGACAGUGCUGGCAAAACCACUGGUGGAGGGUUCCCUGAAUGCCUCUGGGGUUUUGAGUGCCUCUGCUUGGCUCAGCCUGUCCUGAGCCCUUUCCUUAAUGUGUUUUUGGAUCGAUAGGGUGGGAAUUUCAUCAGGAACAAGGCACCAAACAGCAGCUGGGAGGAGUCAGUGAGAUGCAACACUAUAGAGGAGAGGUCUGGGCUGUCCAUGGGUGAGGAGUCGGCCUCUGCUUGCUCCUACACGCUUCUCACACCUUCCAUUUGGGUGGAUGCAUGCCCUCUUCUCAGAUGAACAAACCUUUGGGUGAGGACUGGACGAGGCAGCAGAUGUUUGUGACUCAUUGCAGAAAACACCACUGAAGGUGUGUGAUUCCGUGAGUCUGGGGAAAUUUUUCAUGUGGCUUAAAUCAUAGCAAGGAACAACGGGGCUUUGAAAAAGAGCCCUGUUUGCCUCUCCAGCCACUGCUGUUUCUGAGGGUACACCAGGCUGCAUUCACCGGGAGGGAAGGAAACCAGGAGCUGUUUCAUCUGCUGUACAAAAAGGUUAAAAAUCAGUCUCCUCCUUUGAGGCCUUUGUUUCCAUUCGCAGUCACAUCUACAUGCACCCAAGUUUAAUUUAAUGCUGUUCCAUCUGAGGUCGCUGGCGUUGAAGAGCUAAUCCAUGUGCAAGCUGAGAAUGGACUCAGUGACACGGGAAGUUCUGCACUGAGGUGUUUUCUAUGUAAACCUGAUUGCAACAAGGAGCAGAGCUCUGCAAACAGCCCUUCCUCCUUGUGAAACAGUGCUGCUGCACUCAGCAGAGGUGGCACAGUGCAGCUUGCUGGCUCUGGAAGCGGUGGCUGUGGGUAGGUAUGCACCCAGUUAUGGUAUUUCAUAAAGAUUUCUCUCCCCUUGCUCUUCGAUGAGCACUCGGGGCAGUAGUGGAUGUGAAGCCGAUGGCUUGCUCCAGAAGCCCCAGGGAUGGACAGUCUCUGUGGGAGAUGUGCUUCUGACACCAUUAGUGCCCGGCAGAGUGGUUUUGCUCAUGUCUGGCUGUGCAGAUACCCGCUCCCUGGAGCUGAUGUUCGCUGCCAUGAGCCCCGUUGUCUUUCGAUCCCGAGAGAUGAGUUUAAUAAUGACUUGAUGGGACUGAGGGUACAGGAGACAUCUCCCUGACACACCAAAAGCAUUACAGCACCUUUGGAUUGUUACGUUCUGAGGGCACAGAACCGGGGCUGGGCAAACUCAGAGAAGGGGCAGAGGGGUUUUCAGCCUCAUCAGAAGGUUUUCAGCUGCCCACUGCAGGGCAGCACCUCAGGCUUCCUGCUGCUAACACUCUGCCUUCCUGAGCUGCACAACAAGCCCAGCAGGUCUUCCUGGCUUUUAAGAAUUCAAUUGAUCCGCCCUCCGGGGCAGAACCUUUCCCUGCCCCCUCCCCCUUUGCAGCUCCACGCUGUUCCCUCGGGCUCUGUCACUGUCGCCAGGGAGCAGAUCCAAAGUUGGGGAGUAAACUCCUUAACUCCAGUGUGGUGUUAUUGGGGAGGCGUUCUUUAUUUACGCCGCUGGAUGAGCGAGGGGAUACCUUCACCGCAACCGCACAGAUCUUGAACAAAAGGCCUUCAGCUUAAAUACAUUUCUUGUCUUACGUAUGCAAAAGGUUUCCUGGUCAGUGCAUGCAUAUUCAAUAACAUUCAGUAUAACGUGGCGUCCCACCUCCUUGCACACGCUCAGUGGUUUGGAGUGGGGGGUCUCAGGACCCUCGGAGAUGAAGUGAGCAGUCUUCUUCUCCAUGACCACGCGCUGCCCUCCUCUUGUUUGUAUCCAGGUGGGCAGUUUCACAGUGUUAUACUGGAAAGGGCCCCCACACUGUCUUAGAUAACAACAAUACAACGGGCUUCUCGAGGAGAUAAAGGAUGAUUUGCUUAGCAUUAUCUAGUUUCGUGAAAGCAAGUAUUGUUAAGUAUGUUUAACGUCAGACCCGGUGUAUUUUCCUUAGCAUUGGCUCGUUUAGAGGCAUCAGUGGAGCACCGGACACAGCUGCUCAGGGGAGCGGCGGAGUCCCCAGCCCUGGGGGUACUUAAGGGACGCGUGGACACGGCAGUACGGACGAGGCUUAGCGUUGCAGUGGUAGCGCUGGGUGACGCCACGCGCUGAGCUCAGCACUCUUUUCCAACCUAAACGGCCCCACCGCUCCGAGCCGAGGAAGGCGGAAGCGCGCUCCCAGGGCACGCGCGUGGCCCUCGCCUUCCUGCGCGAUGACGUCACCAGCACAGUGCCCCGCCCAGCGCUGCGUGAUGACGUCACCGGCAGCGUGCCCCUGCGCCUGAAGCCGAGGAGACCCCGCAGCGAGCCGCCAACGCCCGGCGGAGACUCUGAGGUGAGCGGUCGCGCCGGAGCGGGGCGGGAGCGCUGUGCGGGUUGCACUCCGCCUCGGCACCGUGCUCCCACGGCGCAGUGGGAAGGGCGGAGGGGUUCACGUUGGAGUUGAUACUGUAGCAGACUUCAGCUAUGCAGACGAUUAAGUGUGUAGUUGUGGGUGAUGGUGCUGUUGGUAAAACCUGUCUCUUAAUUUCUUACACAA